ACAAAACACAUACACACACUCUUACAUUAAAAGGUGCAUUAUCUGAUCUUGGGCUGAACUUCAACUUAUGAGGUUUGCACUCAGAAGAAUAUUCUCCGUCAUUCUCGUCGGCUUUUUUCUGCUACAUCUUCAAUGGACGCCGCAAAAUUAUUAAGUCUCUUAAGGACAUGUAUCAUUUCCAAGUCGCUGAAGCAAGGCAAGCUCAUCCACCAAAAGAUGCUCACUCUGGGUUUACAGAACGACCCUGCCCUCUGCAAAAACCUCAUAAACUUUUACUUCUCUUGCCAUUUUUGUGAGAGUGCAAAGCUUGUUUUCCAAUCCAUCGAAAACCCAUCCAGUAUUUCGUUGUGGAAUGGCGUCAUGACAGGUUUCACGAAGAACCACAUGUUCGUUGAAGCUCUUGAGCUCUUUGAAAGUUUGCUGCGUUACCCUUAUAUUGGUCCUGAUAGUUACACUUAUCCAAGUGUUCUUAAGGCCUGUGGUGCAUUGGGUCAAGUUGGUUUUGGGAAAAUGAUCCAUAACCAUUUGAUAAAGACUGGUUUCGUAUCAGAUAUUGUGGUUGCCAGCUCUCUUGUGUGCAUGUAUGCUAAAUGCAACGUGUUUGACUGUGCUAUACGGCUAUUUGAUGAAAUGCCUGAGAGAGAUGUGGCAUGUUGGAAUACUGUAAUUUCUUGUUAUUAUCAAGAUGGGCAAGCUCAAAAGGCAAUGGAAUUGUUUGAAAAGAUGAGGAACUCUGGCUUUACUCCUAAUUCAGUAACGCUGACAACUGUUAUUUCAUCAUGUGCAAGACUUUUUGAUUUGGAGAGAGGUAUGAAGAUUCACAAGGAGUUGAUAAAAGAUCAGUUGGUUUUGGAUUCUUUUGUUACUUCUGCUCUUGUGGACAUGUAUGGAAAAUGUGGAUGUUUAGAUAUGGCUAAAGAGGUUUUUGAGCAAAUCCCAAUAAAGAAUGUGGUUGCUUGGAAUUCUAUGAUCGCAGCAUACAGUGUAACUGGCGACAGUAUAUCUUGUAUCCAAUUUUUUAGAAGGAUGAAUCAUGAAGGAACGAGUCCCACUUUAACUACUUUUAGCAGCAUAUUGUUGGCCUGUUCAAGGUCAGCCCAACUGCUUCACGGAAAAUUUAUACAUGCAUUCAUGAUAAGAAACAUUAUAGAGGCUGAUAUCUACAUUUACAGCUCACUUAUUGAUCUCUAUUUCGUGUCUGGAAGUGUGUCAUCAGCUAAAAAUGUCUUUGAAAAAAUGCCUAAGACAAAUACAGUUUCCUGGAAUGUUAUGAUUUCUGGAUAUGUGAAAGUGGGUGAUUAUUUUGGGGCUCUGGCCAUAUAUGAUGACAUGAAAGAAGCUGGUGUAAGGCCAAAUGCCAUCACAGUAACUAGUAUCUUAUCGGCUUGUUCACAACUAGCAGCACUGGAAAAGGGUAAGGAGAUUCACAGAACUGUAAUUGAUAGUGAGUUUGAAACCAAUGAAAUAAUGAUGGGGGCUCUUCUUGACAUGUAUGCUAAAUGUGGUGCGGUGGAUGAAGCACUAAAUGUUUUUAAUAGAUUACCAGAUAGAGAUCUUGUUUCAUGGACCUCCAUGAUCACUGCUUAUGGAUCUCAUGGUCAAGCUUUAGAAGCUUUGAAGCUUUUUGGUGAAAUGCAGCAAUCCAAUGCAAAACCUGAUGGAGUUACUCUUCUUGCAGUUCUAUCUGCUUGUAGCCAUGUGGGGCUAGUUGAUGAAGGUUGUCACUAUUUCAAUCAAAUGAUCACCAACUAUGGAAUUAAACCUAGAAUAGAACAUUACUCUUGCUUGAUAGAUCUUCUUGGACGUGCUGGAAGAUUGAAUGAAGCUUACGAAAUUCUCCAAAGAACUUCAGAAAUUAGGGAGGAUGUUGACUUGUUAAGCACACUAUUUUCCGCAUGUCAUUUGCACAGAGAUCUAGAUUUGGGUGUGAAAAUUGCAAGAUUGCUAAUUGAGAAGAAUCCCGAUGAUCAUUCAACUUAUAUCAUGUUAUCAAAUACUUAUGCUUCUGUCAAAAAAUGGGAUGAGGUUAAGAAGGUGAGAUUGAAGAUGAAAGAAUUGGGAUUAAGGAAAAAUCCGGGAUGUAGCUGGAUUGAGAUUAACAAGAAGAUCCAUCCCUUCUUUGUCGGAGACAAGUCCCACCCACAAUCAGAAAUGGUAUGUGAAUGUCUCACAUUUCUUGCCAGUCACAUGGAGAGAGAUGAGCUGCUUUCAAACUGAGCAGCAGGCAUGGGUUAUACUAUAUAGAAGCAUUUACUUGUAUACUUCACUGGAGAAUAAACGGAUGUGGUCAGAAUCCCUCGUAUAGGAUCCAUAGAACUUUGUGUUCCUUCAGAGGGAAGGAGAUAUGAUAUGGAACUUUGGUUCUUUGAUUUAUAGCAGAUUUGGUUAUGGGCUAAUUCAAAGGUGGAGGUGACUUCUUUGCUAAUGGCAGCUGUGCUGAAACAAGGAUGUUAUCCUUGGGGCUUAAAAUGAAUGGCCAACCACUGUUUUCAAGCAUAAUCGGCACCUUGAUGCAGAUAUGAUAGAGGAAAAUAUAACACAUCUUCUCCCGCUCUAAUAGAAGUUGGAAUCAUCCGAGUACUGGACUGAAGGGAGAAAAGAAAUUCACUCCUUUCUGGAAUGCUGUACAAGUUUUGUUAUGUUAAA